GCAAUUGUGGACUAUCUCCGGAGAUAGUCGCAAGUCGCAACUCUCUGCUUUGCUUACACCCACCGCCCAGUCUGCCCCGUUCAUUUUCAUUUCAACUUGUCUCUGAAAUAUGGCUGAAAAAAGCAAGAUUUUGAUCAUCGGAGGGACUGGAUACAUCGGAAAAUACAUAGUGGAGGCAAGCGCAAAAGCUGGGCACCCCACUUUUGCAUUAGUCAGAGAAAGCACAGCUUCUAAUCCCGAAAAGUCUCAAGUCAUUGAGAGCUUCAAGAGCUCUGGGGCGACACUUGUUUAUGGAGAUAUCUAUCAUCAUGAGAGCUUGGUGAAGGCAAUCAAGCAAGUCGAUAUAGUGAUCUCUGCAGUUGGGUCACAGCAGAUAGCUGAUCAGGUGAAGAUUAUUGCUGCCAUCAAAGAAGCUGGAAAUAUUAAGAGAUUCCUCCCAUCCGAGUUUGGAUCGGAUGUGGAUCGUGUCCAUGCAGUUGAGCCAGCUGCUAGCUUUUUCGGGCUCAAGGCUAACAUCAGGAGAUCAAUUGAAGCUGAAGGAGUUCCAUAUACCGCCAUCGUUUCUAAUGGCUUUGCUGGCUACUUUUUGCCUAACCUUGGACAGACAGGUGCCACAGCUCCUCCUAGAGAUAAAGUAGUAAUACUUGGAGAUGGAAAUCCCAAAGCAAUUUUUGUCAAGGAAGAAGAUAUUGCAACUUAUACCAUAAAAGCAGCGGAUGAUCCCAGAACCUUGAACAAAAUUCUCUAUCUGAGACCCCCUGCCAACAUUUUGUCUUUUAAUGAGAUUGUCCUCCUGUGGGAGAAAAAGAUUGGCAAGACCCUCGAGAAGAGUUAUGUUCUAGAGGAUCAACUUCUUAAGAAAAUACAGGAAUCUCCCUUCCCCUUAAACCUCCUUCUAUCCAUCGUUUACUCUGCUUUUGUGAAGGGAGAUGCCACCAACUUUGAGAUCGAGGCGUCUUUUGGCGUGGAAGCUUCUGAGCUUUAUCCCGAGGUGAAAUACACCACAGUGGACGAAUUCCUCCAUCAAUUUGUCUAAAACAACUUGGGAAAUUCCUUCCUUCGUCAAAAUAUGUUGUCUUUACCGUGUGCAUUUGGUACUUUGUCGCUUGUGCCCUCGUUCACUUGUCAUAUACCCUUGUACCCUUGUUUACAUCUCAAUAUGGCACUUACUUUGUGCUUCAAAUAAUGAAAAUUACACGUAUCCUUUUUCUUA